AUGGAGAACCUACCCUCAACAAGCGAGACUCAGUCGACCGAAACUCAGUCGACCAGCAAAAAACCGUUGUCUCAUUCGAAAAUCCGGCAGCUUAUAGACACUCGGGAGAAAAUAAUCAAGCAAUUAGAAAAGUUGGAGCAACGCGAAGUGUCGCUUAACCCUGAAGACGAGGCAAAGGAGCAAUUUUACUUCAACAAAGAGAGAGACCUGAAGAAGUUUCUCAUCUCCAUAGAAAAGAAGCUGCACGAUAACGGUGUUCUGGAGGAUGUGGAUGAAGAUUUGGAAGCAUUCUAUUCCAACAAGUCCUCCUAUCAAGUCGCAGUUGCGGAAACUGGGAACGAGCUUCUGAACCACAAGCUCACUCGACUUUUUAAUGAGAAGCUAAAGAAAAAUGGAACGACAACCACGCUAUCUUUUGAAGAACUGAAUGAAGUAAUGAAGGAAGUGCGAGCAGAACAAGGGGAUUCUUCCGAUAUUCCAGAUCCUGAACGUGAAAGUGGAGCGUUUUUGGACCUACUAGAACAUGUGGCGCUGGUGGUAGCUCGUGCCCAUCAAAACUUCGUCAGCAGUCAAUUUUUAGAUCGACUUGAGCUAUUCGUUCCUAAGUCGGAACGAUCUUCAUGCAUCGCUCCUCCUGAGCUCGAUGCCGAAAUGCGAAAAUUCUUGUCCGAUAGUGCCUCACAAAGGGGUGUACCCGAUGAGAUAUUCCACAUGGAAAUGCAGGCUGCAGGGAGAUGGGAACGGGAGCAUCCGGAACAAGUUGCUCCUGGUGACGAAAUUGACAUUACAUCCGAAAAUGGUGAUGAUGAGGAUGAGAGAGAGGAAUUAGAAGAUGAUGUUGAGGAUGAGGAGUCUCUAAAGGUCUGA